UUGCUCUUAUUUUAAGUUCAAUGUUUAUUAUAUCAAUCUUAUCAUAAAUCACUUGUUGGAGUUCUCCACCAUUAUCUGAAUCUAAUAUUUGUUUUUACAGAUUUGAAGAUAGAUAUAUUACAUCCACUUAUAGAUAAGAAAAGUAUGUCAGUUUUUUGUAAGCAAAUAGUUAAUCGAUUAAACUUGAGUAAAAUGCAUUUCGCCGGAAAGGUGGUAUUAAUUACCGGUGCCAGCUCGGGUAUUGGGGCAACGACUGCUAAAGUUUUCGCUGGUCUGGGUGCUGCCCUAGCUCUGACUGGUAGAAAUCUAGAAAAUCUGCAACAAGUGGCUUCAGACUGUGCUUCUGGAACAACUCCACUCUUAAUAAUUGCCGAACUAACCAGUGAGAGUGACACGAAAGCCAUCAUCGACCAAACUGUGGAACGCUUCGGCAGAUUGGACGUUCUAGUCAACAACGCGGCAGUUUUGGAGUUGGAUUCCAUGGAAACGACUAGUCUGGCACAGUACGACAACGUUAUGAACACAAACGUGAGGUCACUUUACCACAUAACGACGCUAGCGGUGCCCCACUUAAUAAAAACCAAAGGCAACAUCGUUAAUGUCAGUAGCGUCACCGGUCUCAGAGCUUUCUCGGGGCUUUUGACAUACUCCAUGUCCAAGGCAGCGGUCGACCAAUUCACCAGGUGUGCGGCUUUGGAUUUGGCACCCAAACAAGUCAGGGUUAACAGUGUGAACCCUGGGGUGAUCGUCACUAACUUCCAGAGGCGAGCGGGAAUGAACAGAGAACAGUACACAGAAUUCUUGAAGAGAUCUGAGGGGAAUCACGCUUUGGGGCGUAACGGCAGGGCGGAGGAGGUGGCAAGGGCUAUUGUGUUUUUAGCCAGUGAUGAUGCCAGCUUUAUUACUGGGACGACACUUCCUGUGGACGGGGGAAGGCAUGCUAUGUGUCCGAGAUGAACAGUUGUAGGAAACGAAAAAAUAUGAACAAAUCGGUAAUUCUGUCGCUUAUUACUACAAACGGAAACAUCCCUAUAAAUAAAACAUUUAUUCAAAUGUGACCCAUUUCCAUUUGAAACGAGUCACAUUGUUUACAAAAAUCAACUUUUUCAUUAACAAGUAUUGAAAAGUUACAAGUUACAAGUGGAUAUUAAAAAUAGUAAUAAUUGA